UUGCGCACGGCACGAGUCACUUGAUGGUCAGAGGCGGAGAGGUAGGAAAGAGGCACCCUGGGCUCUUUUUACAUAUUAACAUACGGUGCCGUUUUUUGGGGGGCGGUGGUAUUUGGCGAGACUUGCUCGUCGUUCUGUGUUUUGCUAAGUUGUUUGAAUGUCAUCGACAAUCCAUAGUGGUUACGUUUGUUUGAAAGAAGUAAAAGAAGUGGCACUUUUGAUUCAUGGACUCAACGCGGACUAAAAGUGUCAAGAGGCUGGUACGGGCUUGACUUCAUUCAGUCAACAUCAAGUUUGAGAGAGCAUGAAGUUGUGUUUGGACGCUAUGGCGAUACUGAAGAUUGUGCUGUUCUUCUUGGAGGCCAUCUUACUGGUCCACUGUGGGCGAGGACCUCCACGUGUGUCUGAGAAGGUUGUUCACCGACAGACGGUUCGCCUCGGGAGCGCCAUCAAGCUGCCUUGCCCGGUGGAAGGAGAUCCUCCGCCACUCAUCAUGUGGACCAAAGAUGGACGCAACAUCCACAGCGGCUGGAUCCGUUUCCGGAUCCUCCGCGUGGGCCUGAAGAUUAAGGAGGUGGAGGCGGACGACACGGGCACAUACAUCUGUAAAGCCACAAACGGCUUUGGUAGCGUCAACGUCAACUACACCCUCAUUGUCAUUGAUGACUCAGGCUCUGAUAGGACCAGACUUGCCGUGUUUGACGGCGCACAUGGUUCUGACAGCUUGGCAGAAAAGCUUGUGCGCCCCCGCUUUACCCAGCCCGCUAAGAUGAGGAAGAGGGUGAUAGCCCGACCCGUGGGCAGCUCGGUUCGCCUCAAAUGCACUGCCAGCGGGACGCCUCGGCCGGACAUCGUAUGGCUGAAGGACGACCGGCCGCUGACCGAGCAAGAGGUCGGCCAGGGCCGUCAGAACAAAUGGACCCUGACCUUGAAGAACCUGAUGCCAGAGCACAGCGGCAGAUACACCUGCAGGGUGUCCAAUCGGGCGGGAGAAAUCAACGCUACGUAUAAAGUGGAGGUUAUACAGAGGACCAACUCCAAACCUGUUCUGACGGGCACUCACCCCCUCAACACCACGGUGGACUACGGAGGCACCACGUCGUUCCAGUGCAAAGUGAGGAGCGACGUCAAGCCGGUUAUCCAGUGGCUGAAGCGCGUGGAGACUAAUGAGGAGAGCCGCUACAACUCCACCAUUGAAGUGGGAGACCACCGCUUCGUGGUGCUGCCCACGGGGGAGGUGUGGUCACGACCCGACGGCUCCUACCUCAACAAGCUGCUCAUUACCCGCGCCAAGGAGGAGGACGCUGGCAUGUACAUCUGCUUAGGUGCCAAUACCAUGGGGUACAGCUUCCGCAGCGCCUUCCUCACUGUAUUGCCAGAUGCCAAGCCCCCCAUGAUGCCCGUCUUUCCGGCGGCCUCCAGCUCUCUGCCCUGGCCGGUCAUCAUUGGCAUCCCUGCCGGAAUCGUCUUCAUCUUCGGCACCGUGCUUCUCUGGUUCUGCCAGAGUAGAAAGCAGUGCCCCCCUCCCAGCAACACCGCCGCCGCCCCCCACCGGGUCCCUCCGUGUCGAGAGCGGGAGCGAAGCUGCGUCGCGCCAUCGUCCGGCUCGUCCAGCCCGGAUAAAGACUGCGGUAGCUCCCUGAAUUACGAGGAGUACCUGGCGCAGCAGCAGCAGCUCCUCCUCAAACAGGGAAGCGCCGCCAAGAUCUAUCCCAAAAUCUACACUGACAUUCACACGCACACACACUCCCAUGUGGACGGCAAAGUGCAUCAGCAUCAACACAUUCAUUUCCAGUGUUAGCAGAUCAGAAAAGAAAAACUUCACGGCGGGACAUUGUAAGGGGGGGUGGGGGGACCACCCCAAAUUGGCCAGUCAAAAGACAACGUGACGACAUCAUCACAUUUGGUGCUGUCGCUUUGAUUUGAUAUUUUUUGUGUGUGUCCAAGUUGUCAGACUCUCACGCCACUAAAGAUCCGCCAGUCCUUGCCUGCGCACUUAAUUUAAAAAGGACGGGAAGUUGUGUUUGGUGUGAGUGUGAACGCAGCUGUUGCGACCUCAUGAAAAAGGUCACGUUUGCAAGGAAGCGUCCGGAACUCGCUCUUCACCUUCGGUUUCAUCAGCUGUUCAAAAUGGUGGCGCACAAAAGGGGUUUGACACAUCCUACUCAGGUUGUUCUCUCGUGAAAGACGCUUCAUGUUUUACAAUGAAGACCACUAUCUUUUCUUUUCUUUUUUUUAAUCACAUGAAAUGUCUGAACUCCCAAUUCAAAAUGUAUGUCUUUGCAAGGAUAUUUAUGCUCAGUUGAUUGACACUAUCAGAGAGGCAUCCAGCUAACAGUUAUUGUGAGUUUGAUCUAGUUAAGUCUAAUUUCAUGUAACUAGUAAAAAAGAGUUUUAGGGUCAUCGUUUCCACCGAUAGUAUCCACUCUGCUCGGCUCUACUCCCACUGCCACAAUUCACGAGCCCCUCCCUACCUCGUUAGUGACGUCACGUUAGAGCGACUGUCACUCGCACUCUGCACGCACGGGCAAAAAUUGUUGCAACUGAUCUAAAGAAGGUCGUGCAAGCGAAAGCAGACAUGCUUUUUUUGUUUGCAUUGGAAAUGCGAGACCAGGGAUAUUCGCCGCAAAAUGGAAGUUUCCAUCAACUAUGCAAAUUGCAACUCAAAAGCAGUCGUUUGUGUUUGCAAGCAAAAUGCAGGUAAAUCAUAAUAAUAUUGACGUCACGUUUUAGAACCGGGUUACUUUUUUUUUUUUUUCUGAACCACAGAGGAGGUACCAAAAAAAGCGAGUAGGGUAGAGUGAAGCCGGGUGGAUUUGUCUGUGGAAACGAGGCUUAUGUCAUCAUUUACAUAUAAGACCUUUUAUUUGUGGAGUGUCUCAGUGUGGUUUGUAGCAAAUCACUUUGUGACAGUGGCAAUCAAAACAAUAGUUCUUUUGCAAUAAUUUGUAUGUCAAUUAAAUUGUGCCUAAUGUGCACCCGAUGAAGUGUCUGGCAAGUUUACCAACAUAGUCCAAGACUGCAAGGGAUGAGUGGAGUAUGUUUCAGUGUUACCUGAUUGUCUUUUUAAUUAACUCGCCAAAUUGCUACCGUUAGUUUAGAGUUCUCAACCAAAUGAGUUUGUGAAGCUCCAUGCAUUUCUAAUCAAAUUGAGUCAUGAAUAUUUAAUUUAUUUUGAUUUUCUUUUUUAAUGUAUCAAAAGAAGUUUAUUUUUCUGUGUAAGGCAUUUUGCAUUUCUAUGUCAUGUAUAUUAUAAGUAUACUUUGUGUCGUGUUUAGUAUAUUUGAAGUCCAGUUUAUUCACAUGUAGUUGAUUUAGCUGUGUAUGCAAAUGGUUCUUUUUUUGACAAUCCCAAAUGUUCUCAUAUAAAAUCAUCUCAUUUGGUGGGUUGAUUAAAUGAACAAAAUGUG